AUGUCCUUCGACAGCGCGCGGCUCAGCAUGCGGAGCCGGAGGAACGGCACCAUGGACAGCACCCGGACGCUGUGCUCCAGCGCGUCCCGCAGCACCAGCGUGUCCUACAGCGAGAGCGACUUGGUGAAUUUUAUUCAAGCAAAUUUUAAGAAACGGGAAUGUGUCUUCUUUACCAAAGAUUCCAAGGCCAUAGAGAACGUGUGCAAGUGUGGCUACGCGCAGAGCCAGCACAUAGAGGGCACCCAGGUCAACCACAACGAGAAAUGGAAUUACAAGAAGCACACCAAGGAGUUUCCCACCGACGCCUUCGGGGAUAUUCAGUUCGAGAGUCUGGGGAAGAAAGGGAAGUAUCUCCGGCUGUCCUGUGACACGGAUGCUGAGAUCCUCUACGAGCUGCUGACCCAGCACUGGCACCUGAAGACCCCCAACCUGGUCAUCUCGGUGACCGGGGGCGCCAAGAACUUCUCCCUGAAGCCGCGGAUGCGCAAGAUCUUCAGCCGGCUGAUCUACAUCGCACAGUCCAAAGGUGCUUGGAUUUUCACCGGGGGCACCCACUAUGGCCUGAUGAAGAACAUCGGGGAGGUGGUGAGAGAUAACACCAUCAGCAGGAACUCUGAGGAAAACAUCGUGGCCAUUGGCAUAGCGGCUUGGGGGAUGGUCUCCAACAGGGACAGCCUCAUCAGGAACUGUGAUGAUGAGGAGUACUUUUCUGCCCAGUACAUUAUGGAUGACUUCAAGAGGGACCCUCUGUACAUCCUGGACAACAACCAUACCCACCUGCUGCUCGUGGACAAUGGCUGCCAUGGGCACCCCACGGUUGAGGCGAAGCUCCGGAAUCAGCUGGAGAAGUACAUCUCCGAGCGCACUAUUCAAGAUUCCAAUUAUGGCGGAAAAAUCCCCAUCGUGUGUUUUGCCCAAGGAGGUGGAAAAGAGACUUUGAAAGCCAUCAAUACCUCCAUCAAGAGCAAAAUCCCGUGUGUGGUGGUGGAAGGCUCGGGCCAGAUCGCUGACGUGAUCGCCAGCCUGGUGGAGAUGGAGGACGUCCUGACCUCGUCCAUCGUCAAGGAGAAGCUGGUGCGCUUCCUGCCCCGAACGGUGUCCCGGCUGCCAGAGGAGGAGAUUGAGAGCUGGAUCAAGUGGCUCAAAGAGAUUCUCGAGAGUUCUCACCUCUUAACAGUUAUUAAAAUGGAAGAAGCCGGGGACGAGAUCGUGAGCAACGCCAUCUCCUUCGCGCUGUACAAAGCCUUUAGCACCAACGAACAAGACAAAGAUAACUGGAGUGGGCAGCUGAAGCUGCUGCUGGAGUGGAACCAGCUGGAGCUGGCCAGUGACGAGAUUUUCACCAAUGACCGCCGCUGGGAGUCCGCUGACCUCCAGGAGGUCAUGUUCAUGGCUCUCAUCAAGGACCGGCCCAAGUUCGUCCGCCUCUUCCUGGAGAACGGCUUGAACCUGCGCAAGUUCCUCACCAACGACGUCCUCACGGAGCUCUUCUCCAACCACUUCAGCACCCUGGUGUACCGGAACCUGCAGAUCGCCAAGAACUCCUACAACGACGCCCUGCUCACCUUCGUCUGGAAGCUGGUGGCGAACUUCCGCAGGGGCUUCCGGAAGGAAGACAGAAGCAGCAGGGAAGACUUGGACAUAGAAUUUCACGACGUAUCCCCGAUUACCCGGCACCCCCUGCAAGCCCUCUUCAUCUGGGCUGUCCUUCAGAACAAGAGGGAGCUCUCCAAGGUCAUCUGGGAGCAGACCAAGGGCUGCACGCUGGCUGCCCUGGGGGCCAGCAAGCUCCUGAAGACGCUGGCCAAGGUGAAGAAUGACAUCAACGCUGCCGGGGAGUCCGAGGAGCUGGCAAAUGAAUACGAGACUCGUGCCGUUGAGCUGUUCACCGAGUGCUACAGCAAUGACGAGGACCUGGCGGAGCAGCUGCUGGUCUACUCCUGCGAGGCCUGGGGCGGCAGCAACUGCCUGGAGCUGGCGGUGGAGGCAACGGACCAGCACUUCAUCGCCCAGCCCGGGGUGCAGAAUUUUCUUUCCAAGCAAUGGUAUGGAGAGAUUUCCCGAGACACCAAGAACUGGAAGAUCAUCCUGUGUCUGUUUAUCAUUCCUUUGGUGGGCUGCGGCUUUGUGUCAUUUAGGAAGAAGCCCGUGGACAAGCACAAGAAGCUCCUGUGGUACUACGUGGCCUUCUUCACCUCCCCGUUCGUGGUCUUCUCCUGGAACGUGGUCUUCUACAUCGCCUUCCUGCUGCUCUUCGCCUACGUGCUACUCAUGGACUUCCACGCCGUGCCGCACCCGCCCGAGCUGGUCCUCUAUGUGCUGGUCUUCGUCCUGUUCUGUGACGAAGUGAGACAGUGGUACAUGAACGGGGUGAACUACUUCACCGACCUGUGGAACGUGAUGGACACGCUUGGGCUUUUCUACUUCAUCGCGGGCAUCGUGUUCCGGCUCCGCCAUUCUGACAAAACCUCCUUGUAUUCCGGACGCGUCAUCUUUUGCUUGGAUUACAUUAUAUUCACGCUGAGGCUCAUCCACAUCUUCACUGUGAGCAGAAACCUGGGCCCCAAGAUUAUAAUGCUGCAGAGGAUGCUGAUCGACGUCUUCUUCUUCCUGUUCCUGUUCGCCGUGUGGAUGGUGGCCUUCGGCGUGGCCCGGCAGGGCAUCCUCCGGCAGAACGAGCAUCGCUGGACGUGGAUUUUCCGCUCGGUCAUCUACGAGCCCUACCUAGCCAUGUUCGGCCAGGUGCCCAGCGACGUGGACAGUACCACCUACGACUUCUCCCACUGCACCUUCACUGGGAAUGAGUCCAAGCCCCUGUGCGUGGAGCUGGAUGAGCACAACCUUCCCCGCUUCCCCGAGUGGAUCACCAUCCCGCUCGUGUGCAUCUACAUGCUCUCCACCAACAUCCUGCUGGUCAACCUGCUGGUCGCCAUGUUUGGCUACACGGUGGGCAUCGUGCAGGAGAACAAUGACCAGGUCUGGAAGUUCCAGCGGUACUUCCUGGUGCAGGAGUACUGCAACCGCCUCAACAUCCCCUUCCCCUUCGUGGUCUUCGCUUACUUCUACAUGGUGGUGAAGAAGUUCUUUGACUGCUGCUGCACCAAGACGGACACGGAGUCCUCGGCCUGCUGUUUCAGGACUGAAGAUAAGGAGACGCUGGCGUGGGAGGGUGUCAUGAAGGAGAAUUACCUUGUCAAGAUCAACACGAAAUCCAACGACACCUCAGAGGAAAUGAGGGUUCGAUUCAGACAACUGGAUACAAAGCUCAAUGAUCUGAAAGGUCUUCUGAAAGAGAUCGCUAAUAAAAUCAAGUAAGACCUCACGAGCUCCAGUGGAGAAAAAUCUAAUUACAGCAAGGUGAUAUUAGACAUGAAGAUGGAAAAGACUCCAGGAACUCUGAGGAACACU